AAGUUCACUCAUCUCAUUAUGUCAAGGAGGAAUUUUAAUUGUUUGAACUUUUGAUUGAGAUUGAAUUUGCUGUAAUGUAUGACUUUGCCUUUAGUUUUUGGAUAAGAAAAGCUUUUUAACUUGCUAUAAAACUAUUGAAAAUAGAACACAAUGAAAACAGGGAUUAAAGUAGUUACUUCUGGUUGAUAUUGUUGCUCCGUGUUUGACAUUAAUGUUACAGCAUUUUGGAGAACUUCUAUAAUUCGUUCAUUGAUACAGUGGAGCUUUGGGUGCAGAGUUACAUUGUUAAUUCAUUCUGAUCUCUUUCUCUACCAUAGUUGCAUUCACAUGUUCACGAAUAGCCAAAGGCAAGAAGAACGCACUGGAAAAUAUGGAACUCCGAGGGUGGAAUACCUUCAGCAAUUGGUGACUCAGUUUCAGAAUGCAUCUUCUGAAGAGACAAAAGAGAAGAUUGUUGCUAAUUUGGCCAACUUUGCAUAUGAUCCUUACAACUUUACCUUCUUGCGUCAAGUUAAGAAACUUCUUAAUGAGUGCUUCGAGUAUUGUAAUCAUCGAAUUUUCCUGGUUUCUUGCCUAAACAUAUCUUCUGAUGUUAAACAGCUUAAUGUAAUAGAACUUUUCCUAGACUGUUUAACUGAGCCUAAUGAGAAGCUUGUGGAAUUUGGGAUUGGAGGAAUCUGCAAUGCGUGUGCUGAUCCAGCAAAUGCUGCUCUUGUCACUCAAAAUGACGGUAUUCCCCUCAUCGUCCAGUGUUUGUCAAGUCCUGUUCGGAGCACUGUAAAUUAUGCUCUAGGAGCUUUGUAUUAUCUCUGCAAUGCAUCAAACAAGGAAAAGAUCUUAAAACCAGAGGUAAUUGAUGCAAUAAAGAGUUAUGCAGCUGCAAGUGAAGUUAGUACAAGCUUCAGUAAUUUGGCCCAGGCUUUCUUAGAUAAACAUGUUCCCCAAGCUUAUUGAAAUAGAUGAAAAUAAAAUUACUGUUGAAAAUCAAUACUACUAACAUCUUUAAAAGCAUGGAAUUGUAAAAUUAUUGGUCAGGUUUAGGGGAUUGAAAUAUAAAUAUUUUGUUAAACCUAUUUUGAUAGGCUCUUUCUUAAA